AUGAAGUUCGCUGGGCAUCAUGGGGUGUUGCCCGUCUUGAUUGGGGUUGCGGCGGCAUCAAGAUGUAAACCUCAUCCUCCUUCGUCUUCUACGACCUUGAUCACCACCCCGACCAUCAGCUCAGUUUCGGUCAGCUCAAUUCCAGCCAGCUCUGUCUUGGUCAGCUCAGCUCCGGCCAGCUCUGUCCUGUCCAGUUCGUCGAUUCUCUCCAGCUCGAUCCCCUCUAGCUCGUUGGUUCCCACGUGCGGCGGCGCUCAGUGUCUUGCCGCCAUCACCACAGUCCCUAGCAUUGGCGAUGCCUUUUGCUCAUCAUGGCUAUCCUGGACCCCUGCCACGACCGUCGUCACCGAAGUUGAGACGGUCACUUCGACCCACACCAACUUGGAGACCGUGACGGCUGUGGUUACCUUGACGACGGCAACAGUCACCGAAACCGCUGGCACGACCACCUUGUUCCAAAAGCGCCAGCUGCCCUCCGCCGAUCCAGCCGAGUCCAUCUUCUCCGAAUGCGAUUCUGCCUCGGCGAGUGUUAGCAGCGCCUGCAGCUGCCAUCUCGCUGGGUCUACCACCUCGACCGUGACUGUCACCGAAACAACCACCUCGACUGAAAUUCCCAAGUACACUGGCACCCUGACCACGACCGAAACCACCAACGUGAUCCAAACCGUCUCCGCCGAAGCCACCCGCGUCGUCCCCGCGCAGCCCAUCCUCAACUCGGGCCUCGAGUCCUACCUCACGACCGGGAACAUCUCACCCUGGACCGACACCGUAUCCACCACGGGCGGCACGUUGCAGAUCAUCAACGGCGUGAACCCAUGCGUGAGCGCCGGCGACUGCGCCGGCGGGCAGGUCGUCAUUCGCGUCUACCCCCCGACGAGUGGCGGCUACACGGCCAUUCGGCAGACGUUCCUCGCCCGCCCCAACACGUCGUACAAUUUCAGCUUCAUGUACCGCUGCCUCAACUACAACAACGGUGCCUACAUGAGCGUCUGGUACGCCGGCCAGCUUGUGUCCAACGGCAACGUGCAGUGCAAUACUCCCGGUGCGCCGUUCGCACGUCCCAGAGUGGGCCCGUUUACGACGGACGAGACGGGCGUGGGAGAGAUCGAGGUCAGGUUCCAUAACCCCGGCGGGUUGCCUUACUUGUACAUGUACGCGGAUGCGUUUGAGGCGACCGUAGCUGUGUAGGUAGAUGGUGAAGUUGAAGGGGAUCGGGUCUGGUGUGGAUAAAUUUCCAUUACCUAAAGGUACCAUAGUGUGUAUACAAUGGAGGUAUUCUUUGGAGGAGGUAAAUAGAAGAACUUGAAGUGGUGUAUCCUUUUCUUGUAUACGUGCAGUUGGGGGAUUAUACAUUGGCUAGCUAGUAUAGACGUGGUGUUAGUAAUUUAGUGUAGACACAAGGGCAACCUUCGUAUUCAACACUUUCAAUA